GUUGGGCUCGGGGCAGUGUUAGGGUCGUGGGUGCGGCUGGCAGGGUAGGGAGGACCGACAUAUCGGGUCCUGUCAUGGUGAGGAACAAGUGAGGGAAGGGCAGCGCUAUGCGGGCGUGGCGUGGCGGUUACCUCUAACAUCGGAGAGAGCCUCUCUGCCACCAUGGACAGGGCCCAGCGUCUGCGCCUCAUACUGCAAGGACUCAUAUGGGCCUGGAUCUAUCGGCAUGUGGACGCGGGUGGCACCGGCUGGGACUGAGCGUGAAGGGGGAUAGCGUGACCCUGUUGUUGGACUGCGAGACCUCUACCAACCUUAUUCUACCCAGGGACUCCCCUUCGCAUGUCUCCAACGCCGGCAUCAUCCUCCUCGGCCAACAACUCCUCGAGGAGAAGUACUUCGCUGGCGACAUUCAGCAACUGGACAUCGUGCCGGGUCCUGAAGCAGCAUACGACCACUGCAAGACCUACAUGCCGGACUGCGACCAAGACCUCCACGACACGCACUUCCUGGGCUCCACGCACCUAGAGUACGUGGACGGUAAGGACGACGAGACGGUCUACGCCACCGAGCCCAACGACGUCGUCUACACCACGGAGUCCUAUCACGCGGAUAACUAUACCGGACCUGACUAUGACGGCGCCGCCGCUGUCAGCUAUCUACCCUCAGGAGUUCUGCGAGGCUACCCGGGACCCCCGGGUCCCCAGGGUCCUCCAGGACCCAAGGGUGAUCCCGGAAGGAGUGGUCUUCCUGGCACAGACGGCAUAACCGGACCACCAGGCCACGUCUUCAUGAUUCCGCUCAAUCUCCAAGGCAACGAGAAGGGACCCGACCAGAUGCUGGAGCAGUUCCAGCAGCAGCUGUCUCAACACAUGAUGGCGAUGCAAGGUGUUUCUGGACCUAGGGGUCUUACUGGUCUCCCUGGACCUGAGGGACCCCAGGGAGAGACCGGCCUCAAGGGUGAACCAGGAGACAUGGGAGAACCGGGCCCGCGAGGUAUGAGAGGGCAACUAGGUCGAUUAGGUCAAAGAGGUCGACGAGGAAGACCAGGUCGAGACGGCGAGCGAGGCCUUUCCGGUAUACCGGGGACUAAGGGUGACCCCGGACUCCGUGGUCUACCAGGCGUGCCGGGCGAGAAAGGUCAUCGAGGCGUCGUUGGGACCCCCGGGGAGGCUGGGCUGCCAGGUCACGACGGCAUGCCAGGUGAACCAGGGUCUCCAGGUGUGGCUGGUCUCCCGGGAGAGAUGGGUCCUCGAGGAUUCAUUGGGCCCCGAGGGUUUCCUGGCCUGCCAGGGCCCCCUGGCAUCCCCGGCAGCGAGGGUGUCACUGGGCCCGAAGGAGACGCUGGUCCGCCUGGCCAACCUGGGCCCCCUGGUCAAUCUGGUCCCAACGGACCUAUUGGUCCACCAGGACCCCAAGGCCUCCUUGGUCCUCCAGGUCCUUCUGGUCCCCGGGGUAAGCCUGGCUUACCUGGCUUAAUUGGGGCUGAUGGCUUGCCUGGACACUCCGGCAACCCCGGGUCCAUCGGUUCCAAGGGAGACAAGGGCCCUAUUGGACCUCAGGGUACAAUUGGGUUCCCGGGCCCCCGUGGAGUCAAGGGCGACCAGGGCAACAGGGGCCUUCAGGGCGAGAAAGGCCACAAAGGUGAACAUGGACCUGAUGGACCCAAGGGUGACAUGGGCUUGAAGGGAGAGCGUGGAGAGGUCGGCCCCGAAGGACAAAUCGGUCUCGAAGGACCUGAGGGUCCAAAGGGAUUUGAAGGCCCUCGCGGAGAGGCAGGACCACCAGGAUCCCACGGAGAGAAAGGCAAACUUGGAGUACCCGGCUUCCCUGGGUACCCGGGACCACCUGGGGACAAAGGCGACAAAGGUUCUCCUGGCCUGCUGGGACGACCUGGAGACAAAGGCGAGCGGGGUAACUCAGGGAUGCCAGGCGAGCGCGGCGAGCAAGGACCCAGGGGAUUCCGUGGAGCUCGAGGACGAAGAGGAAAGACAGGCCUUUCUGGACCCAAGGGUGACACUGGCCAGCCGGGACCACCGGGACCUAAUGGUGAUCAAGGAGCCCAAGGUCCUGAGGGACCUCCAGGUUUUGCGGGAGCUUUAGGUCCUCCAGGAAUCGAUGGGAAAGAUGGCAUUGCAGGACCUCCUGGAGAACGAGGCCCACCAGGCGAGCCCGGUAAUCAAGGGCCUGUAGGUCCACCUGGCGUAGUGGGCCCUGUGGGUGCAGCCGGAGAACCUGGUCCUACAGGAGAGCCAGGGCCCCCUGGUUCCCCCGGUGUGCCAGGAGAGGAAGGCAGACCAGGUGAAGCUGGAAAGGAAGGGCCACCAGGACCCAUGGGAUCCCCAGGCAAGGAAGGGCCAGUCGGACCUCCAGGUCUACCAGGCUUCCCCGGAGAACGCGGUCUUUCCGGCAUUCCCGGUGCCACAGGUCUCAAGGGUGAGAUGGGUCCCCCAGGCCCCGCCGGCGCCCCAGGAGACAAAGGCGCCACAGGGCUUGCUGGAAAUGCAGGUCCACAAGGCCCCACAGGCAAGGAUGGACCCCCAGGUUCUCGCGGAUCAUCAGGAGCGAAGGGAGAACGGGGAGACCCAGGAGUGCCCGGACCCACCGGGAGAGACGGACUCUUGGGGCCACGAGGAUUACCCGGUGCCCCUGGACCUGUGGGAGAGCCUGGCGAGGAUGGCGACAAGGGCGAGGCCGGAUCACCUGGCGAGAAGGGCUUCAAGGGCGGCAAGGGCCUUCAGGGUCCCCCAGGUCCAGCAGGGCCACAGGGUCUCCGAGGCGCCCCAGGAGCCCCUGGUGCUCCAGGCGAGCGUGGCGCUCCAGGAAGAAUGGGUCGAACUGGUAGGAAAGGCGAGGAUGGGCCUCAGGGUCUGCCCGGACCUGCUGGCCCUGCAGGAGUACAAGGCAUGCCAGGCGCAUCAGGGCCAAAGGGUGAAAAGGGUGACAUAGGCAAGCGCGGUCUCCCUGGAGCCCUGGGUCCCUCCGGAGAAGCCGGUCAACCAGGCAGCAAAGGUUCACCCGGUUUACCCGGACCCACCGGACCAGACGGACUUCAGGGCGAGAAAGGAGAACCCGGCCAACAAGGAACCCCUGGCCCACCGGGCAAGGAUGGAGAGCAUGGCAAAAUAGGCCCAAAUGGACCAAAAGGAGAGGAAGGAAAGCCUGGACCACAGGGCUCACCCGGAAUACGCGGCCCAAUUGGACCAGCCGGACCAAAGGGAAAUGCUGGACCACCUGGCUUCCCUGGACCACACGGGGAACCUGGCAAGCAAGGACCAAAGGGGGUUCCAGGAAAGGACGGAGAAGAUGGAAAAGAAGGAGAGGCGGGCGCUCCUGGUGAACCAGGCUCACCUGGCCAAAUGGGACUCCCAGGAGCCAGUGGAAAGCCUGGUCCCGAAGGUCCAGCGGGCCAGCAAGGCCCAUCGGGAAUGCCAGGCGAGAAAGGCGAUCGAGGCUUGACUGGACCAAAUGGACCCAUUGGACCAACAGGCUCGCAAGGAUUACCUGGGCCUCAAGGUUUACCUGGUCUUCGCGGAUCACCGGGACCUGCCGGCGAUGUUGGAGUGCCGGGCAAGGAAGGCAAGGUUGGCCAAAUUGGUCUUCCUGGAAAUUCUGGUCAGAAGGGUCAGAAGGGCCGAAGAGGACGAAGAGGACCGAAAGGACAUCGAGGGGAAAUGGGAAUGUCAGGGGCAAAGGGAGAGAUGGGUGAGAAGGGAGAGCCUGGCAUGAAGGGCCCUCAGGGACCAAUUGGCAUCAAGGGCGAGCCCGGUCCACUUGGCCUUUUAGGAAACAAAGGCAACGAUGGUCCUCACGGUCUGCCUGGACUUGUUGGUCCUCCUGGUCCAAAGGGUGUACCAGGUUCCUCAGGACCGAAGGGCGAGACUGGUCCUUCGGGACCACCAGGUCCCCCUGGCCCACCUGGGGAGCUGCCACUUCUACCCCCGGAGCUACUGUUCCAGCGUGACGCUCCUUACGAUCCCGAGGACUCCGGCCGCUUUAAGAGGGAGGCCAAGCCGGACGACGACUGUAGAAUAGGUGAAGUGUGUGACUCCUCAUCUUCUCUGCCUGAAAACCCCUUCUCUCCGGGGCCCGGAAGAGGGCGAGCGGGUAGGCGCCGAAGACCAAACCCCAGUCAGGUGGAUAGACGCAACAAGCGAGGCAACAGAAGACGCGGUAAAACUGCCCGAAAGUCUGGUGAUGGUGAUGGUGGUAGAAAACCCAGCAGUGGCAACAACAUCGGCGACGUCAGUGUGGAUGGCAGCGAUGACAUCGACGGCAGCGAUGGCGGCGGCGUCAGCAGCGCCAGUGGCGCCAGCGGUGGCAGCGGCAGCGGCGGCAGCAGCGGCGACGGCUUCGGCAACAAGAAGCGGCAGAAAGGAGAAGCGCCCGACGACUUCGACGUGAAGUUGAUGGACAUGUACACCAACAUCUACACCAUGCGGCAGGACCUGGAGCGGAUGAAGAAGCCCAUCGGCACUAAGGACAACCCGGCCAGGACCUGCAAGGACCUCUACUACGGACACCCCAAGUUUAAAGAUGGCUGGUACUGGAUUGAUCCGAAUCUUGGCAUGCCCGACGAUGCUGUGUACGUCUUCUGUAACAUGACUGUAUCUGGAGAGACGUGCGUCUUCCCUGAUGUUCAUUCCUCCAAGAUCAUCAACAUUCCCUGGAGGGUUGCCCGAGAGGACGCCUGGUUCUCAGACCUCAGAGGAGGAUUUAAGAUCACAUACGAGUCGACGGGUGUCGUCCAGAUGACGUUCUUGAGGCUGCUCUCAUCUUAUGCCUAUCAGAACUUCACCUACACCUGCGUCCAGUCCAAGGCCUGGUUUGACGAAGACAAUCUCAACCACAACAAGGCCAUCAAACUCAUGGGAGAGGACGAGCAGAUAUUUUCCAUCGACACGAUCAAACCCAACGUUCUUACUGACGGAUGCGCUACGAAAAGUGGCGUACCAGGGAAAACGCGAACAGUAUUUGAGGUCCGGUCCAAGAAACUGGCCCAUCUUCCCCUCGUCGACUUCCAGCCCACAGACUACGGACUUCCCAACCAGGCAUUUGGCUUUGAGGCGGGCCCCGUCUGCUUCAAAUAGCUCAACUGAACCAAUUCCAGCAGCAAUUGUGUCUUUUUCAUGCUGGGCCGAUUCCCCAAGGUGGACCCUUGCACCUGUUGGCUUACAACUUCCCAGCCGAGGCUUCAUCCAGGCGUCUUGGAUGUGUUGGUGUGACCCGAGCAGUGGAUGUGGCGCACCGGGGAGACCGGAGGCGUGUGGAAUAGGCAUGACAACUGCUGCUGAUGGAUGUUACAAACCCCGGCGACGACGUCUAAGGCUCUGCACUGGACCCCGAAGGAUUGACAGUACGAUGACCCCUGCGAGGCCUGAUCACUCUAUGGACCCCGAGUCCUCGGACUCACCGGAUGACGAUAUGGCGUUGAUGACCGACCGCUCAAGGACCCUCCGUAGUGAACUCUCGUGUUUUGUUGAUGUAGCUAGCAGCAUCUGUGAAAAAACUUAUCCCGACUCGCGUGUUCUGGGGCUGGGAAGGACCUACAGGCAUAGCCCGCGAGGCAGUGCAAAGACAUGGAGGUGUGAAAAUGGUGUAUCUAGUAAUUGUACAAAGUGUAUACAGUUGGGAUUUUUGUGCUUAAUUAUCAUAAGCCACGGUAUCGUUGUACCAAUCACUGCCAGUAUCUCUUGUCUUCAUCUUCACCCGCUGUUCUACUCUCUUUUCUAUAGGGGCGAUUUAAAAUAUUGCUUAUAUGUUAAGUAUAGUUUUUUUUACAAUUUGUAUAAAGUCAUCACUAAAUGUUGGAUGUGUCCAAUUAUGUUUUUAUUAUUAGACAAGAAUGGAUCUAUUCUUGAAUAAUACA